AGGUUCCGAUUGCCUAAUGGCCUCAAGCCCCGGGCCUCAAGCAAGUCCCAAGGCGACUUUAAAUCGAGGUUGGUAUUUUUGGAUCAGUAACUUAACCCUUAAAAGUACUUAGAUAAUUAGAAUGGACGUCAAGAGUAGAAUACAAAAGUACAAUGAAUUCGCGCGCUUUGUUGCAAAAUAAAUGCUUUCUCGCAAUUUAACAAAUCUGCUCUAAUUGCACGGAGCUUUAGAGUUAUCUCGAACUCUGACGAGAAACCGAGAUCGGUUCACCUACCAGUACUAGUAUCGGGCCGGGAAAGUAAAGGACUCAUUCCAUUACUUUAUAACUGAUAAAUGCUUGUGUGAUAAAUAAUCUGAAAUAACAUUGUAGAAUUAGUGAAAAUAAGUGGAAUACCAAAGACUUACCUCGGUGAAAUUAAAAGUAACAAAACCUUUAUAGUUUAUUUUAUUUAGUUUUUUUGAAAUAAACGGUAGAAUGGGUGAAAGGAACGUUGCAAACUAGGUACAAGUAGCGGAGUCUGCAGGAAUUUAAUGUAUUAUAGUACUCAGCAUGAAGGGCCACCAGUAAGGGGGCCACUAUUUGAUUUUUGAGCCGGGGAUGGGUUAUUUUUUUCAUGCAAGAUUUUUUCAGACCUCAUUCGUGCAGGGGCUAUUUUGUUUUGCACAAAAUGUACAGACUUUAGUGACAAUAUUGAUCUACAAGAAUUUUUUCGGCCCUUUGGGCUAUUCGGCCUCGGCUUAUGUAAUGGUUGGCCCCGAAAGGUAUCACUACCUUAGAUUUGGAGCCUGAAUUUUUUUAGUAGAGUGAGAACACCCGCUCUGAACGAAUACACAUCGCAGCGGCCCAGCUGCCUUUUAGAAUCAAUAGAGAGGCUCUACCAAUCCUCGUUUAUCUUUUAUACCGGUCCUCAAAGCCAUUACACACAGAGAAAGCUGGGUCCAAAGGCACCGGAAUGGCUCGAAAGUCGCACGGCAAGAUUACACCUUAAGGAAGAUAUGGACGAGGAAACGAGGGCGGAGGGAAAGGAGCGACAAAGAACGGCAUUGCAGAGCUUUGCGAAAGAUUUCGGACGGGGUGUACGACAGCAAUGAACGAGAGGGAAGACCAAAGAAAGAGCUGGUGCACUUCCACUUGCUUUGAGUAUGUUCAGAAGGAAUGCGUCGGCACAUGGAGAAGUCGAUCUGCUGAAAGAGGUUCAAGGGAGUGAAGGACAAACUACAGUUCAAGACGCAGCCGAAGAAUAUGAGAUUAUUUAUUCAAAAGGCUACGUAGUUGCUCUCAAGUACAAUUACAAGAGGUUUAUCAUUCCUUUCUUCCUUGCAGUCCUUUUAAAAGAUCUCCACCAUAACGCUGGGUGACGUAUUCCUGGAAGAUCACAUGGGUUUGAGAUGGCUAAAACAGCCAAAAGAAGAUCCCCUUGUAUUCCAGACAGGGCACCGUGACGUAGAAAUUCACCUAAGUGUAUCAUCGGGAAAGUUCAAAUAAUAAAAGAUGGAAACAACUUCUGUUUGACCUGCCUUGAAGAGCAACGCCUAGUUGCAUUGCUCCAGGGGUCAAUUGAAACAGAUGAUUCACCUGCGUCAGGUGGUGACGAAGAGGAAGGGGAGCAACCUCAGGUGGACAACUUUUCAGAGCCAAUUAGAUUUGAAGUUGGAAGGAGUAGGUCUGGAAGACCUACAACCAGCUAUGUCCUUUAACAAUCUACAAUGGUUAUUAAGCCAGGAAAAGCCAUUAAUGGGCUUGACACAGAAAAGCUGGUAAACUGUAGAACCUGUGACUUGCAUCAUUUAAUUUUUCUACUACACGUAAAGCAGGUGUUUUGCUAUUGGUAAUUGAUCGUGAUCCUCACUGUAACACACACAGAGUGAAAGAGGAAAUUCACAUAAGACUACACUCUAACAACAUCAACAGGGAUAGCAGAAUAGAAAGUCCAGAAGCUUGAUUGCCCUUAAUCAAGAAACGCAGCAAUAGGAGAUCCGUGCGACAGCGGACCAGUGAGGCAAAGGCUCAUACAAACAACGGAGUAAGAAAUGCACCAAUCUCAGCGGCUAAUAAUCGACCAACCAGAGUCAUAUAAGUUCACGUGUGACCAGUAGACGAAGACUAGCAAGGCAAGGCCAUUAAGUGUUGCUUUUCCUAAUGAACACUUGAAGUACGCAGUGGAAACGUCGCGAUCUACAUCAUUAAGUGACUGAAUCGUGAGACAAACGAUUACACUUUAUUAACAUCAAUAUUGUAGACCAGUAACACGGCCAACGUGAAAUUUUUGGUUGCAAGAGUCUCUUUGGAAAUAAAACAUCUGUGACCCACACAGAUCGGACAUUGAUUAACUGGACAAGUUAUAUGGGCUAGCAGAUGAUCGUACGGGACAGGAAUUGGAAAGCUAGAGGAAGACCUUACUUCAGAAGUACCUUACAGUGACGUUAAUUGAACCGGGCACCAACCAGCGCUAGCUGUGUUUGCUGUUUGACUAAAAAUUUUGAAUUCAAUGCUUUCUUGUGAUUGGCUUAUAAACCUCCGGGUGGCCUUGCUUGUAUGAGCAACACUGAAAAUAAACCUUGUAAAUACUACUGAUGAACGUUACAUCUGAAAAAAUCAAGUUUUCGCCGCUAGAUCUUUCACGAUGUACGAUACUUAAAGGGAAGUGGACUACUUUAACUGUAUAAAUUAACAAUAACUAACAUCAGGGUCGUAACAUGGUAUAUGGGCUCAGGGCUCAAAGCCCAAAAUAUGACUGGGAUCAGGGCUCAGAGGAAAGGGCUCAGGGCUCAGAAUAACGGGAUCAGGGAUCAGAAAGCUUUUGAGCCUGAAUCAGGGAUCAGAUUUAUUACACGGUCUAAAAAUCUCUUAUCACAAUAUUUUUCCGCAUAAUAAGGUUUGUGUCCAUAGAAUUUCCUGUCCGAGGUAAAUUUAAUACCUAUUCUUGCUUCCGGCUGGCGGCUGUUCCUGUCAUACGAAGUCCUGUUAUUUGACGAAAACACGGUAUCAUAUUCUUAAUUUAUUAAUUGUUUGAGGGCACCGUAAUAUGAAUCUCAAGUCACUUUUCUCGCUUUGUAACGCAACUCCUCAGUGCGCUGUCAACGCCAGAAUGCAGAGAAAGCGAUCUAUACAUAUCUUUUUUUUGCGAGAAAUGGGGGAAAAGGAAAAGGACAAAAGGAAAUCCUGUGACAGAGAAAGGUACGUAAGUACUUCCUUGUGACUGAUUUACUCCUGGUUCUCCUCCUAGGUUCCGAUUGCCUAAUGGCCUCAAGCCCCGGGCCUCAAGCAAGUCCCGAGGCGACUUUAAAUCGAGGUUGGUAUUUUUGGAUCAGUAACUUAACCCUUAAAAGUACUUAGAUAAUUAGAAUGGACGUCAAGAGUAGAAUACAAAAGUACAAUGAAUUCGCGCGCUUUGUUGCAAAAUAAAUGCUUUCUCGCAAUUUAACAAAUCUGCUCUAAUUGCACGGAGCUUUAGAGUUAUCUCGAACUCUGACGAGAAACCGAGAUCGGUUCACCUACCAGUACUAGUAUCGGGCCGGGAAAGUAAAGGACUCAUUCCAUUACUUUAUAACUGAUAAAUGCUUGUGUGAUAAAUAAUCUGAAAUAACAUUGUAGAAUUAGUGAAAAUAAGUGGAAUACCAAAGACUUACCUCGGUGAAAUUAAAAGUAACAAAACCUUUAUAGUUUAUUUUAUUUAGUUUUUUUUGAAAUAAACGGUAGAAUGGGUGAAAGGAACGUUGCAAACUAGGUACAAGUAGCGGAGUCUGCAGGAAUUUAAUGUAUUAUAGUACUCAGCAUGAAGGGCCACCAGUAAGGGGGCCACUAUUUGAUUUUUGAGCCGGGGAUGGGUUAUUUUUUUCAUGCAAGAUUUUUUCAGACCUCAUUCGUGCAGGGGCUAUUUUGUUUUGCACAAAAUGUACAGACUUUAGUGACAAUAUUGAUCUACAAGAAUUUUUUCGGCCCUUUGGGCUAUUCGGCCUCGGCUUAUGUAAUGGUUGGCCCCGAAAGGUAUCACUACCUUAGAUUUGGAGCCUGAAUUUUUUUAGUAGAGUGAGAACACCCGCUCUGAACGAAUACACAUCGCAGCGGCCCAGCUGCCUUUUAGAAUCAAUAGAGAGGCUCUACCAAUCCUCGUUUAUCUUUUAUACCGGUCCUCAAAGCCAUUACACACAGAGAAAGCUGGGUCCAAAGGCACCGGAAUGGCUCGAAAGUCGCACGGCAAGAUUACACCUUAAGGAAGAUAUGGACGAGGAAACGAGGGCGGAGGGAAAGGAGCGACAAAGAACGGCAUUGCAGAGCUUUGCGAAAGAUUUCGGACGGGGUGUACGACAGCAACGAACGAGAGGGAAGACCAAAGAAAGAGCUGGUGCACUUCCACUUGCUUUGAGUAUGUUCAGAAGGAAUGCGUCGGCACAUGGAGAAGUCGAUCUGCUGAAAGAGGUUCAAGGGAGUGAAGGACAAACUACAGUUCAAGACGCAGCCGAAGAAUAUGAGAUUAUUUAUUCAAAAGGCUACGUAGUUGCUCUCAAGUACAAUUACAAGAGGUUUAUCAUUCCUUUCUUCCUUGCAGUCCUUUUAAAAGAUCUCCACCAUAACGCUGGGUGA